AUGAGCAUGAUGAAUGAGGCUGCACCGAAGGCGCAGGAUGACUUCAUCCUGUUGAAAGGAAAAGGAUGUAGAGACCAAAUCUUCCGAGUGGUCCGAAAUCAGAUUCCAGCAGAGCUGGCAUCGUUGUUGACCAAACCCUUCACAGAGGAGCAGAGGCAGCAAAUAUUUCAGCAAGUUGGUCUCUACACAGCGAAGAGGGUCCAAACACCAAAUCGGCCUAAGGCCUUGUUGAUCUUUGGCCCACCAGCAGUUGGAAAGUCCACCAUUAGCAUGGAGGUCGCCAAAAGCCUCUUUGACAAUCCCGGAAAAGUGGUGAUUGUGGAUGGAAAUGAUGUGAGAGAUGCCCAUGAGGGCUUCAGCAAGGUUGCCCAGCACGGCUUGAUGCACAACUUGCUUCACACCGAUGCCUGGGACAUCCUCAAGGGGACGAAGCAUGUGGAGAACCUGAAGAAGGAAAUCAUGAACUUGGCAGUUCAGAACCGACAAGACGUGAUCAUUCCAGAUUGUGCACUCAAGCCGGAGCGGGUCCAAAAAAUGCUCAAGCAGAUGGAACAUGCUGACUACGAAAUGCAUGCGAUCUGCUUAUGGGCUCCACUGGAUUCAGUGCAACAGCGGGGAAACCAACGCUCAUUGAAGGCUGGAAAAGCAUUUACUCCGAAAUUUCACACGCCAAGCUGUGCAGGUUCCUUGGAGUUUGGGCGACAUUUUGACCUGAAGAUCCGGGAGGGAUGUCGUCACUAUUGUAGUCUUAUUUGCUACGACAACACAGUGAAGCCUAGUCACCCUGUACACUUGGUAGAGUUCGAGCACCUGAUCAAGAUGGGCCCAGAGGAAACCAAGGAACAUAUCAGAAACUGCAUGCUCGCAAGAGCUGCGUAUAUGAUCGAGCACGGUGGAUCUAGAGCUUCUUCAGACAUUGCAUCGACCCCACUUUUGGUGUUGCCCACAUCAAACACCAGUGAUCGGCUGCCUCCGUUUGGCUGUCUUGGCAGCAUGUUGCAGGCAGCAGUUCGCCGGGGACGACGACAAGGUCUCCUUUGCGGGCUCUUUUUGGCCUUGGUGUUUUUUUCUCCCUUACUCUAUUGGAUAUGA